AAUUCACACUCCACGGAGAUUACCAUUAUGUUUUCCCUCACCCUUUAUUUAUUGGUGUCUUUUUCCAAACAAAAAGUAAAAUGUCAAACCACUCAAAAUUAAUUUUAUUCUUAAAACGUGAUCAUUUCAUCCCCACGUUCUAAUUUUCUUUCAGAGAUUUUAGCUAAUGCGGAGUUGAAAAAGAAUCUAAAACCAACUCGUGUAAGCGGUAUUUCAUUUACAAAACAAUUCCUUUCCGUGGAAUGCACAUUUAAUACUAAGUAGCUUUAUAUAAGAAAUAAGCUCCAUUUCAUUAUUUUAGACAAUAACACAAAAAUAACUAGUUUUCUCAAAUUCGUACCUCAAAAGACGAGUAAUAAUCGCCAUAGAUAUAACAUAACAUUACGACCGUUAUCUCUUUCGCGUACAUUCAAAACUCUCACAAGGUUUCUUUUAUGACUGAUACAAGUGUGUGUUUGCGUGCCCGACUGUCGUGUGUGCCUUCCCGACUGUGUUUAUCGACCUGUUGACCUGUGACCGCCGCUCUGUGUCGGCCUAUGAGUGGACAACUCCACCGCCUACUCCAUUUACUGGAUUUUAUCCAAAAUGCAUAUUCCCCGUUCGAUCUGACUGAUCUAAAAAUACGUUAACAAAAUUUUCUUAAAAACGACUCCAUUUUUUCUGAAAAUGUAUGCGCGAAAACAGCAAUGUUCGUCCCAUAAUAUGCUAUAGGUCAUAUUUACGUUAGAACCUUUGGAAUUUUGAAAAUAACAUAAUUUCAAGUUUCGAACUUGCUUUCUUCUUCAACAUUGUAGCUAGGUAUUUCUUUCUUAAUGUAAGCUAUUCCUUAAUUAGAUAUUUAAAUCCUUAUAUGUACGCUUUUUGAAAAUGGUAUUUUACUAUAAUAUGUUAAAAUCACCGCAACAUGAAUUCUUAGUAGCAUUAUUGAGACUCGGUCACAUGAUUAGUGGCCUCGGGGUCGAAUACUCGGGUUCGAAUCCCAGCCAUGAUAAAUAAUGUUUUUACUUUUUGUAAGAAUAUUGUACAAUGCGCUGAAUUCAAUAGCAGGAAACUAUUUGUAUUUCAACUUUUGAAGUUUCAAUAUUUUGCGGAUUUUUUCAACCUGUCACGUUUCUUUGUUAAGUUUUUCAAGUGAUAGGUUACAUCUUAGUAGGAUAGAAGUUGAAAUUAUAUAUUAUUAUGUAAAUGUUAUUAAAAAUACAUGACUAUUUUUGCACCACUUCUUUAGCUUCUUGAAGGUCAUGUCUUGUUUAUAAUUACCAGUACUCCAUUUUUCUACACCAUCUCCUUCUUUGUACGCGUGCUUUUCUAUUAACGCAGUCGCCUACCCUAUUUGCAUUCCCUUCUUAUUACCCCUUCUUUUUUACAACUUCUCCCUGUUUCAUUCUUCUUCCACUACCCAUUCGUCCUCCGCCUCUGGUUCUUCGUAUUUCCGUCCUCUUUAUUUUUCUUAAUUACGCCGCCACCCGUUACCCUCCCGUAUAACAUCCACCCCAAGCGCGCGCCCUGACAGUGGUGUGUGCUUGGCCAGGCUCCCGAGAGGCGUCCCCGACGCGCGGGCCCGCGAACGGCGGCGCCGCGGCGGCCGGAGGAGCCCGCAUGCUGUCGUCGCUGGAGACGUCGCCUGCCAGCAGCUACAGCGCGUCGCCGCUGCCACCCGACGCCGACGACGACGACGAGGAUGAGGAGUUCAAGGAUACGCUGGAGGGCGCUCCCGAGCGCUUCGUGAAGGAGGCGCCUCUGGACGCUGGGCUGACGGCACCAGCGCCCAAGAAGGCCGUCAAUGGCCUCUCCAACGGUUACGCCAACGGCUACGCAAACGGCUACCUGAACGGCUCGAGCCAGACACGAGCUUUCACGGCGCCCGAGCGCGGCCGCACGCCCUUGCGCACGCCUCCGGUGCAGCAUCGCACGCUGCCAUCCACGACAGAGAACGACGCGGCUGCAAUUGACAUCUCGGAGUCCAUCGCCGGUGCGGUGGCUCGCCUGCAGCAGGACCUGCAGCAAGUGACAUCACGACUGGGCUCUCUGGAACGCGCCAUGCUUGCCAGAGACGCCAGCAGUAGGAAUCAGAAGGUGGGCGCAGGCGGCGGGGCCGGCGCCGGAGGGGAGACGGGCGCAGGGGCUGUGAUGCGGCGAGGCCCUCGGUGGUGGCCUAUCCGUGACCUGGAGCCGCGGACGGUGCUCCUAUUAGCAGCUUGGCCCGUCGUGGUGCACCUGGUGCUGGCCUGGCUACAGCGUCGCCGGCGUCCCCACUUUUUGGCCUAGAGGCCACGUACUGCUCGCUCGUCUGUGAUAACGGUCGCCGUAGGAAGAACGUCCUCCUCCCCUUCCUCUCUCCCCCGGGACGCAAAAGGGCAAUUCCUUUUGCACAGGAUUGUUUGUGGUGCAAAUCCUGAAAGCGAGUCCAGUGGCUCGUGCGAGGCCACUCUGUUACCAAGUCGUUUUGAAAUAACACAUGCCUUCCCUUGAGUCAGUAUGCUUCUAUCUGCAGCCAUCGCAAUCACAUAAUCUUACCUAUUUUACUAUUCAAGCUCUCUAUCAAACCUGUUCAGUACCUAGAAUUCAACCCCAAGACAUACAAUAAAGUUUUGUAUUAGUGUGUUUGUUGCUAAACUGAGUAAAAGAAAAUUGAAUUUUUAUCCAAAGCUAUUAAGAUGAUAUCAUUAAAAAACUAGUGUUCAGUAAGAAAAUCAUUGGUAGUUAUAACUAAUAAAAUAAAAUAUGUAACAGUGCUUAAUUUGACAUAAUGAAGACAAAAGUUCUUUAAAUAUUAUUCAUUUGUUGUCUAAUGGAAUAGUGUUAAUUAUUUUGAUUCAUUAUCUGAAACAUAUAUGUAAUAUUUUGUACCCAUAUCUUUAAUAUUAUCUUUCUUAGUUUGUGCACUAUUGAGAAAUUUUGCUAUUGGUUAUGAGAUAUGACACUGAUUAAGCCAAGAUGUUUCCAUGGUAACUAUUUCCAGUGCUCAUUAUUUCCACAAAGUAGAUGUUUGUGUGCUGUUAUUUGUAGUUUUGGACUAGUCUCAAUCCCAUACUUAUUUUAAUUAGACUGCACUUUAUGUUAAAGAUCCAACUUCAUACUUGUGCAUUACUUUUAGGGUGAAUUUUAAUAUCAUUAGCCACCAAACUGCUCUUUCAUUUAUAAAUAUUUUAUUUUUAUAUAGUAGAUGCUUUAUUUUUUAAGUGGCCUGUUUCAUUUAUCAAAAUUAAAUAAUUUAGUUUUUUGUAAUGAUAUAAAAUUGUAUUUUUAGAACCAUUUAAGAACAAUUUAAAAAGUGUUAGAAAUGAAAUGUCUAAAGAAAGAAAAAAGAUUUGAAAUAGCAUGUGAAUUUCAAUAACAAUGGUUUAUGUAAUUAUCUUUUUCUAGAAGUUAUAUUAGAAAAUCAAACAUUUUUUAUAGUUUCUUCAUCCAAGUAUGAAUUUUACAUUGUUAUUAAUAUUUCUUAAUUGAAUGACACUUUUUCUUCACCAUUCACGAAAAAAAUAGUAAUUUGAGGUAUUUACGGUUUCUAAGUCACCAACAGAUCCAAAAAGGAGAAACAAUCGCCUAACAUACUUUUGAAUGUGGCCAAGAAAAGUAGUCUAAUAGAUUAAUAUCUAUUACAUUUAACCUUGAAGUGGAACAGACCGUUCCGUUUUUUUAAACCUCAGUCCAGAGACCCAAAAUGGUUUUAGAGGUAUUUGAAAUAGUUCUCAAUAUUUGCAUUCAUGACUGGUACAGUGUGCAAAAGGAAUUGUAUAUCUUCACUCAUAUCUGCCUUUGCCCUUUCCCUAUCCCAUUACUGCAUUGUCUGAUCCAUUAUGAACAAGAAGCUAUCUUCUGUUACAUAACAUUCAUAAGCAUGAUUUGUGAGUUCUCCCCAUUGUGGCAGUCAGUGGUUAGGUUGUCACUGGUUUUUAAGGGUUGCCUUAUAGUUUGUAAUCACAGGUCUAUUUUAUUUUCUGUCUAUAAAAUAUUGUUCAAUUUGUUAGUAUAUAUCUAUAUGGUACAUCAUUGUUCAAUUGACUUUAUGUGGGCUGUAUAUUGUAAUAAAAGAGCACAAAUAUUAGAACUUGAUGAGACAGGUUAUGUAUAUCUUGUCACCGGAAUAGUUACAUAAAGUUUGGUGAAAGUUGGAAUACUCACAAGCAGUAAACCAUGCAUCAAGAAUGUUAGUCAAUUUACUUCAAUAUAUUGUUUUUCAGUUCUUAUUGUGGACAAUGUGUUCCUGUGCAGUAUGCUGACACAUGUGGCUUGUUCUCAAGAUAUAAUUUUUUAAUCUUGCAUCAUGAAAAAUGCUCCAAUCUUGAUUUUAGAGUAUCAGGAAAAGGAAUUAUAGUAAAUGGUAUAUAACAGAGAAAUUGUGUCCAUAUGUGCAACUGAAAAUACAAUAAUGAAUUUGUAUAUAAAUGUAUGCAUACAAAGUUGUGCAUAAGAAUAGGGACCACAUUUGAGUGAUGCCAAAUGUAAUAAAAAGGGAAUCAAAAGUUACUGCAUGUUUUGUCAUGUUGUUUGAUAAGUAUGUACUAACUUACAAUUCGCUUGUGGACCCCUUACUUAUUCACCAUGCUGUAUUCAUGUUUUAAAAGUACGGUUUAUAUGUACUAGAUUUCUUAGAUUUGACUUAUACAAUGAAUUGGGUGGAGUUAGGGAGUUAUUUGUGUGUAUAAUUAUGUAAAAUUCUUGACUUCUGACAAGUCUUCUCCAGUACCCUAUGGAAUACAAUAAAUGUAUCACCAUGGUAGAAAGUGUUGCACAUAUAAAUUUCUCCUAUUUCACAAUUCAAUCUCAUCCAGUUUCCUGACAAAAUAUUUAUUAUGUUUAUAUAUUCUCCAUCUGUCUUAAAUUUUCCUGAUAAAAUUCUUUCAUUACUUGGUAUAAUAAUUAUUGAGAAAGUAGCCAACUAACAAAGGUGGCUAUAAGAAAACAGUCGGAGUACAGCAAAGGGGCAACAAAGAAGCAUGGUAUCAAAAUGGUUAUAUCAAUAAUAGUAAAAUAGCCGGUCAAGAUGGCCGAGAUUGUUAAGGCAGUAGUGCGCCGUAGUCAUCUCAGCCCAGAAGAUCACGGGUCCGAGUCUUGCCUCGAGCAUGGGUGUUUUUUUUAUGUCUAUAUGUGUGUGCAGUCCUUUCAUCCCUCCCUAUCAUCAUCAUAUCAUCCAUACCUCCAGGGCUAACAAUCUUGGAUAAAAAUUGGGAUUCAACUAAAAUGCUGAUCCCCCCUAGAUAACGGUACUUGCACCUGCUGAAGCAGUAUGCACGUGGGGGUGGGGGAUGGUUUGAUGACUUCAAAAAGAUACAAUUUCAUACAUGGUAUUUUCUGAUAUGAGACUCUAUAGUCUUAUUAUACGCUUGUGUCUGAAAACUUUCUUGCGGUGUAUUGUAUGUGGGAUGAAUGAUUUAUGAGCUGAACGUGGCAGAGCAAGUUAUAUACUCCCUAGGCAGAGUUAGUGGGACGGUAGACCUGGGAAGGCGGAAGUGAGAAGGGUCAGUAGAAAGACAUGUGACGGAGGUGCAAGUGGUGAUAUUCUCACAAAUGUCUAUAUUUGGUGUACACCUGUAAGUUAUAAAUAAACCAACAUUUCGAAUUUAUAUGCGUCUCUGAAUAAACCCGAUCCCACAUGGGGGCUUAAUCGGGAGCGUAUAAGUGAAAAGAGAAUCAUCGCGUUCCGAAUUGAAGGUUAAGAGGCUGACG